AUGGCCGACACCGAGGUCUCCUUAUCCCCUGCUCUCCCGCCGCUCCACAUCAGCCCCGCUCACUCUGCCCAACCGCCUCCUCCGACCUCCUCCUCCUCUCCCACCACCUUCUCUUGUCCCUCCUCGCCCUCCAGUGCCUCUUCCUCCUCCUCCUCGUCUUCGUCCUCCUCCUCCUGCUCUGAGAGCUCCUCAGACUGCCCCAACCACCAUCACCACCACCACCACCAUCACCACCAUCAUCCACGCCCUCAGCUCCAGCUGCCCCCGCCCCCCCUCAGCGAGCAGCCGUCCUCCCCCAGCGCCAGCCCCCGCAGCUCCAGCCCCAGCGGCAGCAUCGGCAGCACCGGCAGCCUCGGCAGCAGCAGCGAAGGCGAAGGCAUCGGCAGCAGCGGCAUGUCCAGCGGCGGCGAACAGCGCGGCCCCAGUCCCCUGCUGGACGUCAUCUCUGAGGACGCCAUGGAGAUGGACUUAGGCGUCGACCAAGUCAUCGACCCAGAAGUGGCGCUGAAGGCUUGUCAGGAAGUGCUGCUCAAAGUGAAGCUGCUCGACAACAAGCAGCAGCAGCAGGUGGAGACGAGCGAGUGCUGCGGCCCGCAGUGGCAACUCAACCCCGACACCUGCUCCAUCAAAGAGGAGGAGGAGGAGGAGGAGGAGGAAGGACGGCAGGGCGCUCCUGCUACCCAGGGGGAGAACCCCCCCGCUGGGCCGUCGGAGUCUCCUUCGCCGGCGUCGUCCAAGCAGUCGUGGCUGCUGCGCCUGUUCGAGUCCAAGCUGUUUGACGUCUCCAUGGCGAUCUCCUACCUGUACAAGUCCAAGGAGCCGGGGGUGCAGGCCUACAUCGGGAACCGCCUCUUCAGCUUCCCAGACGGCGAGGUGGACUUCUACCUGCCGCAGCUCCUCAACAUGUACGUCCACAUGGACACCGAGGUGGGAGACGCCAUCCGGCCUUACCUGAUCCACCGCUGCAGAUCCAGCAUCACCUUCUCCCUGCUGUCCGCCUGGCUCCUCGGCGCCUACUCCUCCGACAUGCACAUCUCCACGCAGCGCCACUCCAGAGGCACCAAGCUCCGCAAGCUCAUCCUGUCGGACGACCUCAAGCCUCGGCCCGAGGAGCCUCGCUCGCUUUCGGGGUCCGUCUCCGACAGCCCGCUGUCCUCGCCGCCCCACCGGCACCGCAGGCACAACAGCAGCAACGUGGACGCCGGCGGCUCCCCGUGCUUCGUCGCCCCAGACGGCCCCGACCAGGGCGAGGUGUUCGUCUCCCCGUCCAGGAGGACCCACCAGAGGUCCAAGUCAGACGCCACCAUGGCCAGCGGCUUCCCCGGCGCCGGUCUCAGACGCACGGGGAGCAACCCGAAGGUGGAGGCGGUCCACGAGGAGCCGGAGCGUCUGCGCCCUCAGAGGGAGUUUGUCAAGUCUCUGUUCUGCAUCGGGAAGCGUCUGGCCACGCUGCCCACCAAAGAGCAGAAGACCCAGCGGCUGAUCUCAGAGCUGUCUCUGCUCAACCACAAGCUGCCGGCUCGCGUUUGGCUACCGACGGCUGAGCACCAGCACCACGUCUGCAGGGUCCCCCACACCCAAGCUGUCGUCCUCAACUCCAAGGACAAGGCUCCGUACAUCAUCUACGUUGAGGUGCUGGGGUGCAACAGCUUCGAGACGUCGCCCGUCCCCGCGCGCAUCCCGGAGACCAGGAUCCGCUCGGCGCGUUCGGCGGAGAACCUGGACUGCGGCGCUCCGGUCACUGGCGGCGGCGGCGGCAUGACCUCGGAGCACAGAGCAGGGAGCUUCUCCACCGUGCCCAACUACGACAACGACGACGAGGCCUGGGCCACGGACGACAUCGGACAGCUGCAGGUGGAGGGGGAGGCUCAGACCAGCAGCAGUGACAACAUCAGCCAGUUCUCAGUUGACAGCAUCACGAGCCUGGAGAGCAAAGAGCCGGUGUUCAUCGCCGCCGGAGACAUCAGACGCCGGCUGUCGGAGAACCUCGCUCAGACGCCCACCACGUUCAGGAGGGACCCGGAGGACCCGUCAGCCGUGGCCCUCAAAGAGCCCUGGGAGGAGAAAGUCAGGCGGAUCAGAGAGGGCUCGCCGUACGGUCACUUACCCAACUGGAGGCUCCUGUCGGUCAUCGUGAAGUGCGGAGACGACCUGAGACAGGAGCUGCUGGCCUAUCAGUUCCUCAAGCAGCUGCAGUCCAUCUGGCAGCAGGAGCGAGUUCCCCUGUGGAUCAAACCCUAUAAGAUCCUGGUCAUGUCCUCCGACAGCGGGAUGAUCGAGCCGGUCCUCAACGCCGUCUCUCUGCACCAGGUGAGGAAACAGAGCCAGCUGUCACUGCUGGACUACUUCCUGCAGGAACACGGCAGCUUCACCACCGAGGCGUUCCUCACGGCUCAGAGGAACUUUGUUCAGAGCUGCGCCGGAUACAGCCUCAUCUGUUACCUGCUGCAGGUCAAGGACAGACACAACGGGAACAUCCUGCUGGACUCCGAAGGCCACAUCAUCCACAUCGACUUCGGCUUCAUUCUGUCCAGCUCUCCUCGUAACCUCGGCUUUGAGACGUCGGCCUUCAAACUCACGUCAGAGUUUGUAGAUGUGAUGGGCGGCCUCGACGGAGACAUGUUUAUUUACUACAAGAUGCUGAUGCUGCAGGGCCUGAUUGCAGCCAGAAAGCACAUGGAGAAGGUGCUGCAGAUAGUCGAGAUCAUGCAGCAAGGUUCCCACCUGCCCUGCUUCCACGGCUCCAGCACCAUCCGGGGCCUGAAGGAGCGCUUCCACAUGUCCCUGACGGAGGAGCAGCUCCAGCUGCUGGUGGAGCAGCUGGUGGACGGAUCCAUGCGCUCCAUCACCACCAAACUCUACGACUCCUUCCAGUACGUCACCAACGGCAUCAUGUGAGCCGAGAACAGCCGGGACGACCCGGUACCGACUGGCUUUACCGGAUUUGAAUUUCCCGAUUCUUCUGGAAUCUUGACGGAUCUGAUCUGGUUUUGUUCGGAUCUUGGAGCAGACAGAAUCCGGAUCAUUCUCAGAUCACGCUAAAUGUGAUGGGAGGGUGGGGUGGGGGGGCAUCAGACAUGUGCUGCUCUCAGACGGAUUUAACUUGGACCUAAACCACUUCUGCUGAACUCGACUCUGAACCAGCGCCAACGAGCUGCUGGUUCUGCUUCCUGGAUCAGUUCAGGGUUUUCACGCCGUUGCUGUGAAACAAUACGGAGGAGUCGGAAAUCAUCAUUUCAUCAUGAAGGAUUUAAAUCACUUAUUUUUUUUUUUUUUUUUUUUGGGAUCUUUCUCCGUUUGCAGGGUGCAGUUUCCCUGCGGUUUUGCUCUUGAAACGAACACGUGACGCAUCAGUUAUUUACUAAUCUCAUCCUGUGAGAUUUGACUGAACGGUUCCGUUUGUUCACAUUCUGAACAACUAAUCUAAUGAUCUGGAAACGUAUCAAGUCCUUCACAACACCGCACAUCUAGAUAUGAUAACAGAUCGUAUGACUGAGAAACAGAACAACUGGGUUUAAAUUAAUUUCUUGGCCCUAAGUGUCAAAAAAGACCCCCCCCCCCCCCCAAAAAAGAAAGGCACAGUUUGUAAUAUUUUGCAAAAAACUCUACCUGUUGUUCCCAGAUGAACGAAAAAGCUCUAACUGCUAAACGGUAGAAAAACGAAUAAAUUAUCCAGUUUUAUUCAUGUGCACGGUUAGACCUCUUUAAAGCCUAAAUACUAGCAAGACUGCAGCCAGUUCAGCGCCGAUCCUCAUCCGGUAAAGUCCAACUCGGCUGGGCGGCAACAACACCAGCAAGGACGUUCGUGGCAUCUUCUAGUGACCGAGGAAGUGACUCGGUGUCUGAGGUUGUUCUUAAAGAACAGGAACACUAAUGGAGGGGGGUGGGGGUGAAAAGCACAUCCGGGGCUGAGGCUUUUUUAUUUCUGGAUCCGUUCUCUGGAUGACCAGAGCAAAAGAGACUUGAACAUGUUUUGUCUUUUACGUGGCGUCGGCAGAAAUCCUCACAAUGGUAUUUAUUUCACCAGACAGCUAUCACUGCAAAAGCCCGCAGCUGAUGUAGAAAUGUCCUCACCAGCAGGACUUCUAAAAUCAGUCACUGGGUGUUGUUUGGUGUCGUCGUUCUUUGAUGCCAAUCAUUAACAAAAGUCCUAAAUAAAGAAUCAUAUUUAAGCCCUAAAAAGCAAAGCGACUGUGUAUCAAAGAUGACCCACCUGUCGGAAAAGUGAAGCCAAUGUAGAAAUGUUUUAAAGCUGCGUUUCACUUCAUGACCAACAGAGGGCGACGAGUGGAUAAGGGUGUGUUUAACUAGCAAGGGGGUUGUUACGACUUCAGGGGCUAAGUCAGUAAAAAGAUGUUUACUCUAAAUGUUUGAUUUUGAUUAAAAAGUAAACAACAGUAUUGGCUUUAAGGUUAAAGCUGAUGACUUGAAAUUAUCUUCUUUUACGUUAAGGAAUAAUUACUUUAAUGAACACAAUUCAUUGCUAACUGGAGAUGUGAUCACUGUCUGGUGCAAAAAACUUUCAUUGUUUGUUUGUUGUUGGUCCAAAUCAGAUUUCAGAAGGAAAAUUGUGUGUAGUUUUUUUUUUUUUAUAUCCUUUUAUCAAGUUCUUUGGUUUUGCACAUGGGAAAGAUGCUAACUUAAACAAAUCUAAAGCCUUGACUGAAAAUAAUUGAACACACACCUGUAAGCUCUCAGAUGGUGUUUAAGCCAAAAAGCCACUAAUUGGCUGCACACCGCCUGACGCGUCAUUGUCAACGGAUAUCUUGUUACAGAAGUGUGUUGUUAUGCUAAUUUAACACUCAACAUUCUCCCUCCUGAUUGGUUAAGACACAUUCCUCUAACUGAUGCUGACCAAUCAGGAAGGUUCGCUCAGCAGUUUUGUCUGAGGAACAAAACAGCUUUUUAAAGUUAUUUUGUCGAUGGGACAAGUGAUGAGGGGUUUUCCGAACAUGUGAAAGUGUUUUUUAUUUUUUUUUUAUUUCUAAAUAACUGUCCAUGAAAAUAUUGUGGUAUUGUCUGUUUUUCAGUGUUGACAAGCAGAAACUUCAAGCUUGAAUUUUAAACCCAUCCAUGAUGCUCCCUAAUGUUGCUGCACUUUGCACUGGCUUUACUCCAGAGUACUUAUAUAAUUCAACUUAAUUAUAUUUAAUUGUGCCUUUUUAUGUUGUCCCUCAUUUUACACAGUUUUAAAGAAAAAGAAAAGUCAGAAGGCCAAAACUGCAAGAAGUUACGAAAUGACAGAAAAUUCCUCCUCUCGACCAAAACAGCAUUUAUUUAGGGUUAGUCAUAUAUUUUUAUGCUGUAUAAAAAAAAAAUGUCCAGCCAGAUUUUAAAAACAACUUAUUCUGAACAAGCUGAACGUAGCCCACAAUGUGUUAGCAUGUUUGCCAUGUUAGCUAGCUGUCUGCUCUGGUCUGAAAAUGGCCGUUUUGUGUCAUAAAGUCAUGAAACAGCUCAAUGUUAUUUGCACAUAACAGUUUUAGUAUCUGGAUGAAUAAAAUUAAAUUAAAAAGAAAGAUGUUACAAAAAAAAGCUAAUUAGCAUCAACUAGCUAACAGUAGUUAACAUCAGUACUGCCUGCUUCACAUAUUAACUUAUUUCUCAUGCCGUAACUAAAACUUGAGCUUGAAGCAAACCUCAGGUUCUAUAAACAAAUAUCCUGUCUCUCUUUCUCUCUCUCUAUAUAUAUAUAUAUUUUUAGUCAAGUUAGCCUAAUGCUAAAUUAGCCUAAUGCUAAAUUAGCCUAAUGCUAAUUUACUGGGAAGCUAGGGAUUAAAGCUAGUUGAAUGUUAGGCUUGAGGCACCAAACAUAAUUUGGGUUUUAAAACAUUAAUCGGCUAAUCUGACAGUUAAAGGCAGAAAUAAAGUUAUAAACGUUAAUUUUGACACCCCCCCCCCCCCCCCCCUCCUCUGGAAAAACAUCCUCUUGCUGGAAUAAAGCCAAUGUUUGAAUGUGCUGAAAAGCAACCAAUAUUCCAAUUUUCCUCAAUUUAUUUUGUAUUGGUUUAACCACUAUUGAAGGAAAAGCACAGAUCUGUUCUGAAAGCAGCAUCAUGGUACCUUCUUGCUAACCUUAAGCCUUUUACUUUAUACACAGCUGUGACUAAAGUUUACCAGAUAAGCAACUGAAAUAGCAAACAGUCUUUGUGAUCUUUUCUUUGUGUGUGAAUAUGUAUGUUUUCAUGUAAAAAAGAAAAAAAAGAUGCCUUGAUAUGUACAGAACAUAUAAAAUUAUCAAUGCAACGGGGAGCCGAAUGUUUUUUUGCCCCUCUGAAGUGCUUUUAUAUUAGAUAUCUGAACAUCGAGGCGAGUUUUAUUACUAAAAUGUACAGAAACUCGCUCCGAUACUGAGAACCUUUCAUUGCCUUCUUUGAUCCUUUCAUCAGCUUUCUAAAGUCACAGACAUUAAAUGUGAAAAAAAACCUCUUUUAAGUGCAUUUAUUCUAUGUUUUGUUGUUUGAAAGAAUGCCCUGUGCUUUCCAACUUUCUUUCAUGUCACUAAAUACAUUAAAGACAUCUUUAGUCAAAUCUUAACGUAUUUUGUUUGAAGAUGGACAAAAAAGGGAAACUACUUAUAAGAGAACGCAAACAUGCAAAAACCAUUCAGCGUAUUUUAUUUCAGACUAACAAGGCAGCGACUGUGGGUAUGGAAGAAAUAUUAAAUAAAAAAAAUUCAGUUAAUGCUAACUGGGUGACUAAAGUUGAAGUAGUCGACUGUUGUUGAAAAUUUAACAUUAUUGGUAACCCAGAAGAAACGCAAAAAAAAAAAGACUCUGCUUUGACGUGCCUAUAUAAUAGCUGGAGCGUUUAAAAAAUAAGUCAGGUAUAAUUAUUGAUUACCCAAAUAAAGUGCAUAAAUUGCACAAAGAUCUUGAACUCUUUGCACUGUCAUGUUAAAUUUGUUGAUUACCAUUAUAUUCGGGGGGGGGGGGGAGGAAACACCAAACUGUUUUAUUUCCUGAACCCAUCCAGCUACUUGAUGUCUCUGAUCCUGGGAAUUAGAUCGAUUCCAGUAUUAACCACCAGCGUAAAGCACCUUUUUUUUUUUCUUCACAACAUUGAGUUUAUUUUCAUGUAAAUGUGUUUGAAACUUUCUGCUCAGCUUGUCCUCGCCUCGGCGCUCGGCUUCUAAGUCUGCCUUUGUUCAAAAAGGAAAUUGCUGUCGUUUUAUCCGGCUCCAGCUUCUCCGCUGAGGUUCUCGAUCAUAUGCGGGAAAAACCUCUUCGGUCUGUGAUGUUCUAACUGCAUGGAAACUCAUCCAAUAAACUGGAAACCUGGUUCAGA